ACGUAAGACGUAAUGUCAAAGGUAAUUGCAUUACCAACGUAUGUACGUCCGUAUAUGAAGUUUUAAAAGUAAUUUAAAAAUAUAUAUAUAUAAAGUUGUGUUUAAUUAAAUCGUAUUGGAUACAUGCAUUUUCUUACAAGGACAAUAUUGUGCAGGACGGUUUUCACGAGACAAAGGAUAAAAGCGACGAUAUACUUAUCUGCCAGUUCAAUAAGCAUUGUCUCUGCCAAGAUGCCUACUUCUGGGUGCAACAUCACCAAGAGGUUUGAAAACAUUAUCAAGUCCAGUGAAGACAAGAGAAACUACAGAGGUUUGGAAUUGAACAACCGUAUGAGAGUGUUACUUGUCAGUGAUCCAACAACAGAAAGAUCAGCAGCAGCACUCGAUGUAAACGUUGGUCACCUUUCUGAUCCUGACCAUAUACCAGGACUUGCUCAUUUCUGUGAACAUAUGUUGUUCCUGGGCACAGAAAAGUACCCAGAUGAGAAUGAUUAUAGUAAAUUUUUGAGUCAACAUGGGGGCCACAGCAAUGCAGCAACUUACCCAGACCACACCAAUUACUACUUCGAUGUACUGCCUGAGCACCUGAAGGGGGCACUGGACAGGUUUUCACAGUUUUUCCUGUGCCCCUUGUUUACAGAGAGUGCCACUGAUAGGGAACUGAAUGCUGUGCACUCCGAGCAUGAGAAGAACUUAUCUAUGGACUCGUGGAGGCUAGAUCAGCUGGAACGGCACACCGCUGACUCAACACAUGCCUAUCACAAAUUUGGUACUGGAAGUAAAAAGACGCUGGAGGAGAUACCAAAAGAGAAGGGCUUCAACGUGCGCGAGGAGUUGCUGAAAUUCCACAGCCACUGGUAUUCUUCAAAUAUAAUGAGUUUAGCUAUUUUGGGAAAGGAAAGCUUAGAUGAGUUGGAAGCUAUGGCUGUGGAAAUGUUUGCAAAGGUUGAGGAUAAAAAUAUUGAUGCCCCAAUAUGGAAAGAGCAUCCAUUCAAGGAUGAUCAACUCCAGACUAUUAUCCAUGUGGUGCCAAUCAAGGAUAACAGAAGCAUCAACAUUAUCUUUCCUUGUCCAGAUUUGGCUGACCACUACAAAUCUUCACCUAGCGGAUAUAUAAGCAAUCUGAUUGGACACGAGGGACCCGGAAGUCUUCUGUCCGCCCUGAAAGAGAGAGGAUGGUCCAACAGUCUCGUGGCAGGUUACAAAUCCACGAUGCGAGGCACCGCCUUCUUCGGUGUCACCUUGGAUUUGACCGAAGAGGGUUUGGACCACACAAACGACAUCAUCAAGAUGGUCUUUCAGUAUUUCAACAUGCUGAAGCAGACUGAACCACAUCUUUGGCUGCACGAGGAGCAACGCGAUAUAGCAGCAAUGAAUUUCCGGUUCAAAGACAAAGAAUCCCCGAUGUCCUACAUCUCAAAUGUCGUUCACAAUUUGCACCAAUUUCCCAUGGAAGAUAUCCUCUGCAAUUACUAUUUAUUGACCGAAUGGAAACCGGAGAUGAUAACGCAGCUGCUGGAUGAUUUCACGCCGGAAAAUAUUAGGGUGGCUAUCGUUGCGAAGAAGUUCGAAUCUGAAGCUACAGAAAAAGAACCGUGGUACGGAACUAAUUACAAGAAAAUGACAAUUUCUGAUGAGCAAAUCAAGGAUUGGAAAAAUGCUGGUGUAUUGGAAGAACUGCAAUUGCCGAAGAAGAACGAUUUCAUACCUAAGAAUUUUGAUCUCUAUCCACUUGACAAAGAUAUCACCGAAUUUCCGGAGAUAAUCAAGGACACGCCUAUUUCGAGGGUGUGGUUCAAGCAAGACGACAACUUCUUGUUGCCAAGGGCAAUUACCAUGUUCGAUUUCGCCAUUCCUCUCGCCUACAUGGAUCCCUUGAAUUGCGCACUCACGCACAUGUUCACGCAGCUAUUCCGCGAUCAUCUCAAUCAGUACGCGUACGCGGCCGACUUAGCCGGCCUCAAGUUUGAUCUGAUCAACAAUAAAUACGGACUGAUUCUUUCUGUAAGCGGAUUCAGCGAAAAGCAGCACAUCUUCCUUGAGAAGAUCAUGGAUCAGUUGACUAACUUUAAAAUUGAUCCGAAGAGAUUCGACAUUUUCAAGGAUAACUAUGUGAGAGCGUUGAAGAAUUUCAAGACGGAGCAGCCGUAUCAACAUGCGAUUUACUAUUUAGCCGUGCUGAUGACAGAACACACGUGGACGAAACAUGAGUUACUUGCUGCCACGGACCAGUUGACCGUAGAUCAAUUGGAGGCGUUCAUUCCGCAGAUGUUAUCCAAGAUGCACAUCGAGAGCUUCCUCUAUGGCAACGUCAAUAGGCAGAAGGCGAUGGAUUUGGUGGACAUCGUCGAGGGAAAGUUGAAGGAGUCCUCAAACAUGUCGCCGCUGCUGCCGAGGCAAUUGCUUCUCAACAGAGAGCUGAAACUCGAAGAUGGUUGCGAUUACUUGUACGAGGUGCAAAACGAAGUGCACAAGCUGUCCUGCGUCGUGCUGUACUAUCAGUGCGGCGUGCAGACCAAGGAGAGCAACGUCACCUUGGAACUGUUCACGCAGGUCAUCCAGGAGCCGUGUUUCAAUAUCCUCAGAACGCAGGAGCAGCUGGGAUACAUCGUCUUCAGCGGCCUCCGACGUACAAGCGGCGUGCAAGGUGUGCAGGUCCUCGUCCAGUCCGAUAAGCAUCCGGCGUACGUGCACCAGCGAAUAGAGACGUUCCUGGUCGGCAUGAAGAAGUACCUGGAGGAGAUGAGCGAGGAGGAAUUCAACAAGCACAAGGAGGCUCUGGCCGCCAGAAGACUAGAGAAACCGAAGCAGCUAUCCACGCAGAUGAUCUACUACUGGGCAGAAAUUUCCACGCAGCAGUACCACUUCGACAGGGCUAACGCCGAAGUGGCGCACCUCCGCACUCUCACCAAGCAGGAUCUGAUCGACUUCUACUCGAAGAUGAUCGAGUUCAACUCCGUCGAGAGGCACAAGCUGGGCGUGCACGUUGUAUCUACGGCGGAGGGAGGAGCCGGAGUGAACGGUACCGCCCAAAACGAUGACAGAGCCGCCGAACACCAGAGCGGCAACCAGCAGAUUUUAGAUGUGACAGCCUUUAAGAGCUCGCACGGUAUGCAUCCGCUAGUCCAGCCCUACAUCAACAUAACGAGGAAGGGCAACAAAUGCAAACUGUAAACGAGACCAAAAUGAUAGCAUAAUAAUUUUAAUAUGUACUUUCUGUAUUAUUUUGAAAAAAUAAAAAUUAAUGACUCAAAGUCCAAGUGCAACAUUGGUUGCCGUUAAAAUAUAAACGAAAAAUUAUUUUAUAAAAUUUUGCAAAUUUGCUCAACAUAAGUAAAGAUGUAAGAACGUCUACAAUUUAAUGCACAAAACUGACCUUUUUCUCUUAUCCGUCGGACGUAUUUAGCACCAGUAACUUCUUAGAAGCAAACAUUUCCUCUUGUAAAAUAUAUACAAUACAAACACCAAAAUGCGACAGGUCAUUCA